AUGGCUGCCGCAGACCAAGAAACCCACGCCAGCUCAGUUCGUCCUCGUUCCUACCAAGACGAGAGCUAUCAGCAGGGGUUUCUUGGAACCGUGGGUGACUUACAGAAGGAAGGGGAACUGCAGGAUGUCGUCCUUGAAGUCGAGGACCGGCGGUUUCCCUGCCAUCGGCUUGUUCUGUCCGCGGCCAGCCACUACUUCAGAGCCAUGUUUACAAGCGACAUGGCGGAAAGUCGGCAGAACACGGUCGUUUUACAGGGUUUGGAUGCAGACAUGUUUGAGGAGAUCCUGAGUUACAUCUACUCGGGAACCCUCCAUGUGUCCCUGGACAGAGUGCAGCCCCUGUACCAGGCAGCCGACCUCCUCCAACUGGACUAUGUGAGAGACACCUGCAGCAGCUACAUGGCCAUGAACGUGGAGCGCUCCACCUGUGUGGACCUGUACAAGUUUGCUGAUGUUUUCACGGUGGAUGUUGUUCUGAACUCUUCUCUGCAGUACAUAUGUCAGCAUUUUGUGGAGGUUUCCUCCAGUGAGGAGUUCUGCAGCCUGAGUGUGGAUCAGCUGACUGAGAUCAUCAGCCAGGAUAAGCUGGAGGUUAAAGAGGAGACAAGAGUGUGGGAGGCUGUGGUGAGAUGGGUGCAGCACAGCAGGGAGGACAGACUGCAGCAUCUACCCAGCAUCCUCCCUCACAUCCGCUUCAACCUGCUGACCUCAGAUGACACGGCAGCCAUCUUGGAACAUCCCUUGGUCAGGGAGGAUCCUGGGAGUUCUGAGGUCAUCAAGAAUGUGGUACAAUCCAACCAGAAGCCGAGGCUUGCAAUGACCACGGAAAUGGUUCUGUUGUGUCAUGAUGGGAACAGUAAAAAGAUGCUGUGGAUGAACCCAGGAAAAGGGAAGUACAUCUGGUGUGACUAUGACCAACCAGUAUCUCCAUACAGGGCUGUGGUUACUGGUGAUAAUGAGAUCUAUGCCUUGGCUGCAGAUCCAGACUAUAUCUAUCUGUGUAAAUACAACCAUGUUGAGAACAACUGGGAACAGAAGUCUACCGUGUGCAAAGGAUGUAGUGAACCGGGAGUUCCACAUGACUAUCUUAUGGAAAUCGAAGGACAUGAUCUUUUUUACCUUGCGAUAUAUCCAGAUGUGGCAUUGAAGAAAUACAACCAGCACACGAAUGAGUGGCACGACUGUUCAACACCUCAAACUAGUGAGCAGUUUGCCUUCAUCUUUGCAGUGUCCUGCAAUCAGCGAAUCUACGUCUUCACACAUAUAGAAAUGCAUUGGUACGACCCAAUGGAAGACCGGUGGUCCAAGAAAGCCCUAUCAGACUAUGGUCCUGAAGUGGAAGUGGAAGUUAACUUCGGUCCGGUAGUUGCCAUGGGUACAGAGAUCUUUUGGAUGGAUCCUGGCUCCAAGAUGUUGGUGUACGACACAGAAGCAGACAGCUGGUCUGAACAUCCAGUCACUAGGUUUCAGGAGAUCUCGAUCGAGAAUAAUCCAGACAUUGAAUAUGGGGCUUUCUUUGUACUCCAAAACACGCUGCAUGCAAUGGUGGAGUAUUCAUAUGAAGAUUACCCGAAUCCAGACGACGAGCCAAGGCUACUUCAAGAGGUUUUCGUGUAUGACAGGCAUGAAGGUGUUUGGACAGAGUUAUCUGAACUGCCUUUUGGGCGGGAGUGUGUGUACAAUUGUACAGACGCCGUGGCUCGUAUGUACCUACCAUAUCUGAACGCCAGCAAUGCUGACACACAGGAUGCAGCAAACCCAGAGGGACCAGAUGGUGAAUAAGGCCUAUGAAAAAAAUGUUUCUUGUUUCGACCCUAAAAAAUACUGCCAACCCUAGCCUUUUUUUUAGAUCCCUACAAGGGAAAUAAAUAUUUCGAGCUGAUCAAUUGCAACAUUUUCUAGCUCCAUGAUCUGACACCCGAGUGAUGAAAUAUUAUACAAUCAGUUUUCCAGCAUUGGUAUUAAAAAUAUGAGUGUCCUCAUGCAAGUUUCACUUUGUUAAACUGUAUUGUAUAAGUUGGCUCACUAGAAAUCACCUAAGUCAAUAAAAAAGAAGGAAAAGAAACCUACCUACCUACCCUAUUCGUUUCAGGACCGAAACAGAAGACACAUUUUUGUCCUAGGCCUAACUAACAUGCAAGAACGUUCGUGUGAGUUAGUUUUUAGAGUAGGCACAGUAUACAUGUAUUGUCAAAGUCAACUUUAUACAUGUAGUACAAUGUAACAUCUGUGACCAUAAUAUCACCAGGGUCCAUAAUAU